AUGACCGCGCAACCAGAGACUGUCAAGAAAUACGGUGACUUGUACACAUACGACAAAUGCCCACGUGCUAGAAUGUUCCAGCGAGACAACGACAAUCUGACGGACGUGGAUUCUGUUCUGACGUACUUGAGGUACAACGAUUACAAGAACGACCCGCUGUCGCGCUGCAAUUGCACCCCGCCAGAAAAUCCAGUGCUCGCCAUCUCAGCGCGUACAGACUUGCUUGACCCGAACGGACAGUACGAUACCCCAUUGAUGAUCCGCCGUGCUGUCGGGGGCAUUGACGCAAAGGUUACAAGUAAUGAGCUGUUCCCGUCAUUAGAGUUUGUUGGUGAGAGUGGGCCGACGUGGAGAAACCAGCCACCCUUCCAAUGGAGCACCAGUGGACUGCCCGGCAGUCACCUCGGGCAGCCGGACAAGUGGCAGUUCAAGCCUGUUCAGCACAAGUGGGAGCCAGCGCUGCGCAACAUAUCAAUCAGCUAG